AUCACAUUUGACACAUCUUAGUUAUUUCUAUAAUCCAAAAUUCUAAUUCCUUAAUGACAAAGUUAAACCCACAUAUAUAAUGCACCGAAUUCCAUAACAUAGUCUCUGUCUAAGCCAUCUCAACCAUCAUGGAACAACAACCACUUCUAUCUGAACAAAAAAAUGAUUUGGUUGGGAAUCAGAGUGGAAAUUGGAGCUCGUAUCAGUAUCUGGGUCGAACAGGUUCUGCAAUACCUACUGGUUCAUUGACUGGAACUCAUGUAAGUGUUGAUGAAAUUCGAUCUGCUGCUGCUGUUUCUUCUUCUGUAGGCUACUAUCCUCCUGUUCAUGGGGCUUUGGUUGGAUCACCUGAGCCUGAUCCUACAGUGCAAGCUCCUGUCCAUCAAGGCGGAUAUGGAGGAGAUUAUGGUGGACCAAGACCUGAAGUCCAGAGGGAAAAUUUGGAUGAAGUAGAGAUACGAGAGUUGCUCAUUGAUCAUGUUGGUCAUCGUUGUUGUUGGGGUAGCCGUCCUGCUCGAACAUGGAAGAUUCAUGCAGUGGAAGACUGUAAUGUUUAUGUUGGAACUCUCGAUACGUUCAUAGAAGAAAGAGAGAUCAUAAAGGAGACAGAGCCAUACCUUGGUAGCAGUAUUGAUGGAAAGGAUAAGGGACCCGAACUUAGUAUUUGGGAAUUGGAUCUAAGGUCUCAGUUCCCUGUUCUAUUUGUACCCUCCAAAGAAGUGCGUGAAAAGAUUCCCCAUUCUGAAGUUAUUGAGAAAUGCUCAGAUUGUACCGGGCGAGGAGGGAUAGUCUGUAGUACAUGCAAUGCGGACCAAGAACCUGGACAUUAUAAAGAAAAUCAGAUGACUCAAUGUCCUAGUUGUUAUGGAAGGGGUUUGAUUGCUCACAAAGAUGGUUCUGACACACUAUGUGUGAAAUGUAAUGGUAAAGGGAAGCUUCCUUGUGCAACCUGUGGAUCUCGUGGAUUGCUUAAGUGUGAAACGUGUAAUGGAACCGGUUCUCUUUUAGCACGCAGUGUAGCCAUUGUUAAAUGGAGGACACUUUCAACUCGGAAAGUAAAUGCAACUAGAGGAGCAGCGUCAGUACCAGACGAGGUUUUCCAUAGAUCCCAAGGGGUUCAAUUAUGCAACACUCAGGCUUACCAAUGUACUCCCGCCUUUUUCGCUGAUUCUUAUUUUCUCAACAAAUUUUCUUCUGAAGUCAUUGCUGAGAGAGCUCAAGUACCUACCACUGCAAGAGUCAUUUGUGAAAGACAUACAAUCUCAGUUGUUCCAGUAACUCGCGUCACCAUGUCUCAUCGCCGGCAAUCCUUCAGUUUCUAUAUUGUAGGAUAUAACAGGGACGUUUACUUAAAGGAUUAUUACCCCUCUAGAUAUUGUUGGGGCUUGUGUCCUUGUUUGGAGUGGUUGAAGUUGUGAUGUCUUAAGGUUGUACAUGUUCUCUUUUGUUUGUUCUGAAUAAUAGCAGAAACAUGUUUUUGGUUUGAGGGUUUUGUACACUAUGUUGUUUGGAUCGCUUAAUACUUGUUCUAGCAGUAUUAUCAUUUGGCAUGUACGGAUAACAGCUAUGCAUUACAUUUAUUUUAUGAAAUAAAGCCAAAUUCGGGUUUA